UUUCAAUGAAUAGUGAAUCGGGAACAAAGUAAACUAAACCCAUUUUCUCAUUCUCACGCUCUCUCUCUUUAUACUUUCUCUCUCUACUUUCAGGCUUUGAGCUCCCUCAAUCUUAUUAGCUGUGGGGGGUCGGUUAUGGAUGGUAAUAAAGAUGAAGCACUGAGAUGUGUUCGCAUUGCUGAAGAAGCAAUUGGGUCUGGUGACAAAAGACGUGCUUUGAAAUUCAUUAAAAUUGCUCAGCGUCUCAAUGGUGAUUUGCCAAUUGCCGAGCUUUUGGCUGCUUGUGAGAAGCUUGGUUCUGAGUCUCCUGUAGAGUCUAGUAAUGGGAGAGGUGCUGGUGGGAUUAAGAAUGAGUUUGGCCCGGCUAAAAAUGAGGAGGGUCUAAAUGGGGAGAGAAGUUAUACUGAGGAACAUGUCCAGUUGAUUAGGCAGAUUAGAAGGAAUAAAGACUAUUAUGCUGUUCUUGGUGUGGAGAAGACUUGUUCAGUUGAAGAAAUUAGGAAAGCUUAUAGGAAAUUGUCUUUGAAAGUUCAUCCGGACAAAAACAAGGCUCCUGGUUCGGAAGAGGCAUUUAAGACGGUGAGCAAGGCCUUUAAAUGUUUGAGUGAUGGUGAAUCGAGAAGACAGUAUGAUCAGAUUGGAUUGGUUGAUGAAUUUGAGUAUAACCAGCAACACACUGCAAGGCGGCGGCGGAGGCGAACUGGGCAGGACAUUUUUGAGGAUGAGUUUGACCCUAACGAAAUAUUCAGGGCAUUCUUUGGUCAGGGUGACAUGUUUCGAGCUAGUCAUGUUUAUCGGGCCCGGGGAAUGGGUGGUCAACAACCGAGGGAAGAGUUUCAUGGCGGCGGACUUAAUUUCAUGCUCAUUCUUCAAAUAUUACCGUUCUUGAUCAUCAUAUUGCUUGCAUAUCUGCCAUUUUCAGAGCCUGAAUAUUCACUGCACAAGAAUUACUCCUACCAAGUUCCGAAGACAACCGAGAAAUAUGGUGUGGAAUUUUAUGUUAAGUCAGCAGCAUUCGACGAUAAUUAUCCUAUUGGAAGUUCUGCUCGGGGUGAUAUUGAGGAUAGUGUGAUCAAAGAUUAUAAAAGUAUUCUUCUGCGCUACUGCCAGGUAGAACUUCAAAGACGGCACUGGAAUAAAAAUCUUCCUACACCUCACUGCAACAAGCUACAUAACCUUGGAUUAGCGUGAAGGUAAGCAUGGGACUGUGUGACUAGAUUUGGUAUAGUUUUUUGUUGUACUAUCAAAUGUGAUGACGAUGAAGCUGGAGCACGAUGUAAUAGCUGUGGAGUCGAAGUUGAGUUCCGCUCUUUGGACUCAGAAAUUUUCUCCUCUCCAAGUCGACCUUUUUUCCAUUCCAUGCAGGUGCAGCUACUCCGAUUCUGAUCCAGAAUCGUGGUAAAAAGAGGGUUUUGAACACCUUAUCACUUGCUUUGUGGAUGUGGUGAAAUGUGUAUACAAGCUCCUUAAGAAUACCAAGAACCCAUUAUAGGCACAAAAGAUAACAGAAGUUGAACAAUCUGAUAUUUAAUACAGAUUUUUUUUUCCUGUAUCAUUGUUUAUAAGAUUUUAACUAAAGUUGAUCCUUGAUCCCUUAUUAUUUUUAUUUAUGUUAUUUUUGUCAAUGGAUUGAGGGAUGAUGCUCAUUCGGCUGUACUAUAAAGAUUACGAUUUUAUUAUUUUUGUUUUUUCA